GCCACUUCCAAGCGCAUACACCUUGCUCAGUGUCCAAUUCUCUCUCUUCUACCCAAAAUUCAGAAUGGACGUCGACGCUGCGCCCAAGCCCACACCCGCUGAUUCGACUCCCGAGGCGGAGAAGCCUGCUCCGAAGUCUGAACCGAUAUCUCCAAACGUUGAGAUCAAGCAGAAUUUAGUGCUCAUCGACAGGGCGGUGACGACGCUCGAACCGCGGUUUACACACCGCGUGCUGAGGACGCUGAACCAUUUGAGGAAGAAGCUGAAUGAUGAGGUGCUAAGUAAGGCUGUUGAGGAGUGUUAUGCAAGAGACUCUCCGGCCAAAGCAGCGUUGUUCCAGUAUCUACAUGCACCAGCGACGAUGGACGUCGACAUUCCCAAUGGAGAUGCUAAGCCUCAAGCUGCGGGGACGUCCGACCCUCUCCCAGAAGGUGACGCCUACAUCCGUCUUUUGAUCCUGUUGCACCUAUCGGGAUCGAAGGAUACUACAGAGAAGGCGAUGGCACUCGCGCACGAGACUGUUGAGAGGAUCCAGGCCCUCAAUAGGCGUACUAUGGAUGUCAUUGCUGCCAAGGUAUACGUCUACCUGGCAAGACUCUAUGAAGUGACCGACCGGCUGGCGGAGAUCAGACCCCUAUUGCUUGCCGCGCAGCGCACUGCAACACUUCGUCGCGACCCCGAUUCCCAAGCCACCCUCAUUAAUCUUCUCUUGCGCAACUAUCUGCACUACAACCUCUAUUCACAGGCUGACAAGCUCGUCUCCAAGUCUACCUUUCCCGACUCUGCAGGCAACCCUCAAUGGGCACGGUAUCAAUAUUACCUGGGGCGAAUUCACGCCGUGCAAUUGUCUUACACCCAGGCGCAUACUGAGUUGCUUCAGGCGAUUCGCCGUGCGCCAGCAGCAAAGACAGCCCCAGGUUUCUGGCAAACUGUACACAAGUUCUUCAUUGUCGUCGAGCUUCUGAUGGGUGACAUCCCCGACCGAGCCCUUUUCCGCCAACCGGUACUCCGCAAGCCGCUCGAGCCAUACCUGCAGAUCGUGCGCGCCGUUCGCAUUGGCGAUCUUGCCCAUUUCCAGAGUGCGCUUCAGACCUACACUGCCCAGUUCCAGCACGACAAGUCGUACACCCUUAUCCUCCGUCUGAGACAUAACGUUAUCAAGACCGGUAUCCGGUCUAUUUCGCUCGCCUACUCGCGUAUCUCUCUGCGCGACAUUUGCACCAAGCUCUCCCUCGACUCGGAGGAGGACGCGGAGUACAUUGUAGGCAAGGCAAUCAGGGACGGUGUGGUUGAGGGCAUCCUGGACCAUCAGAAGGGUGUUAUGAUCUGCAGCAGGAAGGGCGACGUCUACUCCACUGCUGAGCCCGGCGAGGUCUUCGGCAGGCGUAUCGACUUCUGCUUGGACCUUCACAACGAGAGUGUCAAGGCAAUGCGCUUCCCACUCAAUGCGCACCGGAAAGAUCUGGCAUCGUCGGAAGCCGUCAGGGAGAGAGAAAAGAACAUUGCUAAGGGCAUUGCUGAGGGUGAGAUCGACGAUGACGAUGAGAUGGAUUUCUAGUUUAGCGGUAGAAAUCCUAAUAAUACC